AUGUCACCAUCGGCGGUGGCCAUCGCGCUCAUCAGCUCCGCGGAGUACUGCUCCCACGUGGCUGUCCUGAGCCCUCCCUCCAGCUGCAGGCGCCCGUUCUUCUCGAAGCACAUCCGAGUGCAGUCUGACAAGAAGGGCGGCGACUUACUGGCCAAGCGAGUCUCUUCCUCGAAAGGGCCCCGGUGCCAGAGACGGCCCGAACUCGCUUUGAUCGGCGACCGUGGUUUCGACUCCUUCGAGGUCCAGAAGGGCCCUGAUUCCCCUGAGCUCCCAGGACCUCGCGCCUCCUGGAUGCCCCAAAGCAAAGCGCCGCCCGCGCUCCACCUGAUGACGUACGCAGUCCCGAGGACCACGCCCAAAGAGGUCCUGGACGCGCGCGGGCGCUUUCGCGCCAAGACGGGCCUGGGCGAGGCAGACUGGCGCCCGCGCCCGUGGCGCAACCAGAGAGCCGAUGACUGGGCUCAGCGCGGGCACUCUUCGGAGCGCGCAGCCCGGCUCCAGGCGAUGUGCUGCGAGGCAGCGCGAGCCGACGGCUACGCGGUGACCUACUUCGACCUGGUCCAGUGUUUCGAGUGGGUCACUCACGAGAAGGCUUGGGCGGCGGCAAAACGGUGGGGCUUCAACCCCAUCAUCAUGCGAGUCGUCCUGAGGAUUCCCAGCAUGGCGCGGCGCAUCGUCCUCGACGGGUGCUACACGACGGGCAAGGCGUGGCAGCGGGGCAUCGUGGCGGGCAGCCGCUACGCGCCUUUCUGCCUCAAGAUGGUGAUCAUCCUGGAACUGGACGACCUGGUCUACCGGUUCCCCUGGGCAGACACCUGCAUAUUCUUCGACGACCAUGCCAUGGCCACGCACGGCCUCAGGGAGUUCGUCCAGCUGGACCUGGCAGUCUCACGCGGCGCGGAGGGCAAGACGGUCGCCCUGACCUCCAACACCGCGCUGGGCGACAUUAUCAACGCGAGCUGCAGGCGCCUGGGGGCACGCGCCGCCACGCACGAGAAGCACCUCGGCGCGACCUCGGCGGCUGGCAGGCGACGCCGAGUUGGAGCCAUCAAGAAGCGCGCGCUGAAGUUUGCGGCGAGGCAGUCGCGGAUUGCAGCAGUGCGAGGGGCAGGAGAAACAACACAGAAGCUGGUGCGCCAUGCCAAGGUGCCAGCGCUGCUCUACGGCUCGGCAACGGUGGGCAUGGCGGACUCCACGCUGCAGGAGCUGCGGACGAGCGUGGCCACCGCAAUGCCAGGCUGCACCAAGGGGAGAUCCACCAACCUUACGCUGCUGAGCGACGACGUGGAUCCAGGAUGCCUCGUGAACAGCGGGCCCAUCAUCGCCUGGGCGACUGCGUGGCAGGAGGCCAACACCGACGAGCAGCUAAUGGAGCGGCUGCAGAUCGCAUGGAGGACGUGGGUCAUGAGGGUGGCUGAGAGCAAGGCCGCCUACAGCAUCACGGUCGGCGGGAAGCUGUACGACCUGCGCUACAUGUUGCUGCAAGGGCUUUACCAGCUCGUGCGCACGGCGACGCAGAAGCAGCUGAAGCACGGGUGGGUGCAGCACUGGGGCCAGAUCCACGGCAUCGAAGACAUCUUCAUCGAGCCCGUGCGGGCGCUGCUACGAAGGCACGCCUCCAUGCGAAAAGGGCGGCGCCAGAUGACAUUUGCAGAACAUGCUGGUCGGCAGCAUGUACAGAUCGUCACCGUACUUUUGUCUGUCCAGCUCGACAUGCACAUCGAGAGCGAGUUGGAGGCCGACACAUCGUUCAACGUGGAGCUAAACUUGUGGAACCUCGAGUCAUGCGACGCGUGGCUCACCGAGGGCGAAAGGCACGGUUUAGCGACGGGUAACAUCUACACCGACGGCUCGUUGCAGUUCGGCGACUUCGCACCGCUGCGGCGCGCAGGCUGGGGAUUCAUACGCAUCGAUGACGACCUCGAGCUGGAGUACGGCCGCAAUGGACACAGUAUUCUACGAGCUGAAUUGUACGCAAUGCUGCAGGCGAUCAAAGUUGCCGCGCCGCCGCUGCGUAUCUUCACGGACGGCCAGAACGUACUGGACGGCCUCGCCAAGGGGCCGCAGGCGCUGGAUCGAAGGAGCCGCAAGCACCAAGACUUGUGGGACAACAUCUGGGCCGCUGUCGACGACACCGGUGGCGUCGGCCCGAGGACGGUUUCUUUUUGCAAGGUGAAGGCCCCACGCCGCGAGGGCUGA